AUGGAAUCUACUGCUUUAAAUGGGAGAAAGGCUAGAUUGCAAAUUCUGCUCUCUGAAUUUGACAUAGUAUAUGUAAGUCAGAAGGCUAUAAAAGGAAGUGCAAUAGCUGAUUUUCUAGCCAGCAGAGCCUUGGAAGACUAUGAGCCUUUGAACUUCGAUUUUCCAAAUGAGGACUUAAUGUAUGUGGCAAACACUGAAGAAAACCCUCAAAUAGACCACAUCUGGAAGUUAAAUUUCGAUGGAGCUUCAAAUGCUAUAGAAUAUGAAGCAUGUAUUAUGGGUAUUCGUGAGGCCAUUGAACGUAAAAUCAAAGUGCUAAAAGUGUAUGGAGAUUUCGCAUUGGUGAUAUACCAACUCAAAGGAGAAUGGGAAACCAGAGACCCUAAGUUGAUCAAUUAUAAAGAACUGGUUCUUGAAUUGGUUGACAAAUUUGAUGACAUCACUUUCUGUUAUCUCCCACGAGAUGAAAACCAGAUGGCUGACACACUGGCUACUCUAGCCUUGAUGAUUAAGGUGAACAAGUUAGAAAUCAUGAAGCCUAUUCAGAUGAGCAUAUAUGAAGUUUUGGCUCAUUGCUACAGUAUUAAAGAGGAGGGAAAAGAUGAUCACCCUUGGUAUCAGAGUAUACUACAAUAUGUGAAGAAUCGAAAAUACCCUGAUCAAGUGACAGAAAAUGACAAGAGAACACUAAGAAGAAUAGCAAUUGCGCAUGUCUUAGAUGGGGAAGUGUUGUACAAAAGAGAGAAAGAUCAAGUGCUGUUAAGAUGUGUAGAUGUCAUAGAGGCUAGAAAGAUCCUGGAAGAAGUCCAUGAGGGCAUUUGCGGAACCCAUGCAAAUGGUUUUACAAUGGCCAGACAGAUCAUGAGAUUUGGAUACUAUUGGUCUACUAUGGAAGGGGAUUACAUUAGCCAUGCCAAGAAGUGUCAUAAAUGUCAAAUUUAUGGAGAUAAGAUACAUGUACCUCCCUCACCUCUGCACGUUAUGAUUGCUUCGUGGCCGUUCUCCAUGUGGGGCAUGGAUGUUAUUGGGCUAAUAUCACCGAAGACUUCGAAUGGGCAUCGUUUCAUCUUUGUGUUCAAGAUCAGUCACCAUAACUCGUCGCCAUAUCGCCCAAAAAUGAAUGGUGCAGUAGAGGUGGCCAAUAAGAACAUGAAGAGAAUUGUGGGGAAAAUGACUGAAACCUACAAGGAUUGGCAUGAAAAGCUAUCAUUUGCUCUUUUAGCUUACCGAACAUCUGUUAAGACCUCUAUUAGGGCAACACCUUUUUCUCUAGUUUAUGGGAUAGAAGUCGUUUUACCUAUUGAAGUGGAGAUUCCUUCUCUUCGGGUAUUAGCUGAAUUGAAAUUGGAUGAAGCAGAAUGGGUUCAGUCUCGAUACGACCAGUUGAACUUAAUCGAAGAUAAAAGGUUAAAAGCCAUCCAACAUGGUCAUUUGUAUCAAAAACGGAUGAUACGAGCCUAUAACUACAAGGUUCAUCCCAGAGAAUUCCACGAAGGCGAUCUGGUACGGAGGAGUUUAGCUGGUGGUACGGAGACCAAUGUGGCGUGGAGGCACUGCAUGCGUGGGGAAUGGCUUGGCAUGCGCGGACGGUGGCCUCGGUGGCUGCGGCGUUGGCGAAAACCCUAG